AUGUGGAAUGCUACGUACGCUGAGUCGCAUCAAUACUACACCUUGCCUGAGCUUGUUCCCAUUGUUCUCAAGGUCUUGUCCCUCCAGCAUACUUCAAAGGUUUCUCUCGCAAAAGAGUCGACAAACUCCUCUGCGGCGUUCGACGGGAAGUCCACUAUACCUAUCUGGCUGGACGGUAAAGAGGUUGUCACAGCUGACACUUUUGACGUUUACUCUCCACUUAACCAAUCGAAGUUAUACUCAUGUUCUUCCGCAAACGAGGACGAUGUCUCUCUUGAAAUACAGUCGGCGCAGAAGGCCUUUUUGACAUGGUCGCAAACUAAGCCGCAUAUCAGAAGAGACAUAUUCCUGAGAGCUGCCGAUGAGUACAAGAGAAGGAAGGACGAAUUGCGGAAUUACAGCCUUACCGAGACAAGAGCAUCAGACGCCAUGUUCAACGUUGAACAUGAAGCAGCGUAUCAAGCGUGUAAAGAUGUAGCAGGUCUGAUCCAGAUUGCUAGCACAGGCAAAAUGCCCAUAGUUUCGGCUGAGGGAGGCAGUAGUGCAGUCUUGAACGAGCCAUUCGGCGUCGUUCUAGGCAUAGCACCAUGGAACACACCAAAUAUACUGGGCAUCCGCGCCUGUUUGCAGCCACUUGCAAUGGGCAACACACUCAUCCUAAAAGGACCCGAAGCUGCACCGGCGACCUAUUGGGGUAUUGCCUCACUACUUCAUGCUGCUGGCUUGCCUGCCGGCUGUCUGAAUACGCUUUAUCAUCGUACGCAAGAUGCUUCCAAAAUCACCAAUGCUCUGAUCUCAAACCCAAUGAUUAAGAAGAUCAACUUCACAGGAUUAACAGCUGUUGGCUCAAUCAUCGCUUCACUUGCGGGAAAGCAUCUCAAACCAUUGGUUCUGGAACUCGGCGGCAAAGCAUCGGCAAUUAUUUGUGAAGAUGCAGACCUUGGUCUUGCUGCAGUUUAA